GGAUUGGGAGGAAAAACUUCAGAGUCGACAACGGCGCAAUCAUGGACAUGAUUGACGUCUCGCGGCAGACGAGGUCGCUCCUACGGGAUGCGACUGCGUUGGAUCAUCUGCCCCCGGAUUUACUCGGUUUGAUCCGGAAUUUCUCAUCGACAAACCUCUUGGAUGCCAUCUCGCAGGCGGCGCUCAUCCCGCGACUUACAGAGCGAGUCUUUGUGCACUUUGAGGACGUCUUUCCCGACCUGUGUGCGCGAUGGAUUCUCAACGCAGGCAACGACACAUCUCGCCAUAUUCGAAUCUCAUCGGCUUUUGCCCGGAUAUUACCAUUCGCACCCUAUCUCUCAAAUUUUCUCACGUCUUCUGCUGGUGAGGCGCCAGCCGUGAACCACCCUCCGGCGCUGCGGCUGCAGCUCCCAACACUGGACGAAUCUACGUCGCCCAGCCUGAGCACAGAAAGCUUACUAGAGAGCCUUGUUACGAUAUGGAGGCUCUUGAGCUUUGACUCGCGCACAUUUACCAGUAUCGUCUCGCUCACUUACGUGCAGAGCUUGUUCGUCCAUGAGAGCCGGGCAGUACGAUAUGUGGCCAUCCGCAUCUUCUGUCAGCUGCUCCACGCUUCCGACCUCAAGCUCGAGAACCUAGUGGAUGCGCACGUUGGCAAAGACGAAGCCGUCAUUGCCGCUCUGGAUGGAAGGCCCAUUGACUUUGGCUUCUUGUCGCUGCAUGAGCAUGACCGAGCAAAGGCAGUCAUCGCGUUGCGGAGCGAAGUCGAGCGGGACCACGAGCACAUCGCUGAAGCUGCUGAAGCGCAGAGUCUCACACCGUACGUUGUGCCGUAUGGGAGAAUACUCCUUCCUCGGCCACACGGUCCCAUCGGUGACCCGUCGAGCCUCGUGAGGACAGCCACGACGACCAAGAAUCUCGAGGCUCUGGCCACUAUGCUUCGAGAACCAGACCCGAUUCUUCUGCACGGCCUCCCGGGCGUUGGCAAGACGUCUUUGAUCCACGAGAUAGCCCGCCAGCUGGGCAUGUAUUCUAACAUGGUCACGCUGCAUCUCAACGAACAGACCGACGCCAAGAUGCUCGUGGGUCUGUACUCGACAGACUCCAAGCCAGGGAGCUUCCAGUGGAGGCCUGGUGUCUUGACUACAGCUGUCAGGGAGGGUCGAUGGGUACUAGUGGAGGAUCUUGAUCGGGCACCGACCGAGGUUCUGAGCACCUUGCUGCCGCUGAUAGAGCGAAAGGAGCUGCUCAUUCCGAGCCGUGGAGAGAGGAUACGAGCCGCCAACAGCUUUCGACUCUUCGCCACCGUCCGGACAUCUCGUGGCAUGAAUGGCCGAGAAAAUCUUCCGACCUUGGUGGGAAUACGUUUCUGGAGAUCCCUCUGCAUGGAAGCCCUGACGCAGCCGGAGCUAGAAGAUGUGGUGCUGCAAACGUAUCCCAUACUGCGAAAAUUUGUUCCCGGGAUCUUGGCUGUUCAUCGGCGGCUAUCUCAUAUGGCUAACAACCUGGCCCUCAUGUCUCGUGGGCGAAGCGUAAUGGAUCGACAGAUUAACUUGAGAGAUCUCCUCAAGUGGUGCCGCAGGCUGAGAGAGUGUCUCCUCACAGCAGGCUCAACGUCUGGGGACGAACCCAUCAGCGAAACCACUCGAGACUGGAUGUUUAUGGAGGCACUCGACUGCUUCGUUGGUAGUUGCCCCGAUGUUGAGCUGGGCAAAAACCUGGUUUACGCCAUUGCUGAAGAGAUGCACAUGUCCAAAGAACGAGCGGACCACUACCUGUCCGCCAAUAUACCCCCUUUGGAAGAGAGUGAAUUCAGCUUCAACAUUGGGCGAGCCCAACUGCGAAAGAAAAAAACAACCCGUCUGCAAAAGUCAAAGCGGCCGUUUGCAAGCACUGCACAUGCCAAGAGGCUCCUGGAGCAGAUUGCCGUGGCAGUGAAGCUGGAGGAGCCUGUGCUACUGGUAGGCGAGACAGGUAUCGGCAAAACCACCGUGGUACAGCAAUUAGCAGAAUCUCUGGGGCACAGACUGAUCGCAGUCAAUCUCUCCCAGCAGAGUGAGGUUGGUGAUUUACUGGGCGGUUUCAAACCUGUCAAUGUCCGAAGCCUUGCUGUCCCACUCAAAGAAGAAUUCGAGGAUCUCUUCGCAGCCACAGGCAUUUCGGCUUCAAAAAACCAGAAGUAUCUGGAGCAAUUUGGUCGAUGCUUUGCCAAAGGACAGUGGUCCAAAUUGUCCAAGCUUUGGAAAGAAGCACCGAAAAUGUUUGUCAGGAUCCUCAUGGAGCUUGAGCGGAUGCAUUCGGAGACGCGGGACGACGACGCGCAGCCAAAUAAGCGCCGAAAGACGCAGUCAAAGCUGCAGACGCUCUCUGAAUUGCGGCCGCGGUGGGAUACGUUUGCUCGCAAUCUUGAGCAGUUUGACGUUCAAAUUGCCGGCGGGUCUGGAGCCUUUGCGUUUUCUUUUGUCGAGGGAAACCUUGUCAAAGCCGUGCGCAACGGCGACUGGGUGCUCUUGGACGAGAUCAAUCUGGCCUCUCCUGAUACUCUUGAAAGUAUUGCCGAUUUGUUGACUGGGCCCGAUGAACGCCCCUGCAUUCUACUAUCCGAGACGGGAGAGAUUGAGAAGAUUGUGGCGCACCCGAACUUUCGCAUAUUUGGCGCCAUGAAUCCGGCGACAGAUAUUGGCAAGAGAGAUCUGCCUGUUGGCAUUCGCUCGCGAUUUACAGAGCUCUACGUCGGAAGCCCUGAUGCGGACCUCAAAGACUUGUUGACAAUCAUCAAAACCUACCUGGGAAGCACAAGCAUGAAACACGACCAAGCCGCCGAUGAUAUCGCACGGCUCUAUCUCAACACUAAGCGAAUGGCUGAGGAGAAAAGGCUCGUUGACGGAGCAAACGAGGUGCCGCACUUUAGCUUGCGAACUUUGACUCGAGUGCUUAGCUAUGUCAACACUAUUGCACCUCUCUAUGGCGUGCGCCGGGCGUUGUACGAAGGCUUUUCCAUGGGAUUCCUGACGCUCCUCGAUCGCGACUCCGAGAGGAUGCUCUUACCUCUCAUCUAUCACCAUCUUCUGGACAAACAUGGAGAUCCCCACGCCCUCCUGUCCCAAACACCCAAGCACCCAAACGACGGAAGACGCUAUGUCAGGUUCCAGAAUCAGAACCGUGAUCGCCAGUAUUGGCUCUUUCAAGGCGAGGAGACCCCUGUGCGGCGGGACGAUUACAUUAUUACACCUUACGUGGAGCGGAACCUGUUGAACUUGGUCCGCGCCACAUCCACCAGGCGAUUCCCCAUCCUCAUCCAAGGUCCCACGUCUGCUGGAAAAACGAGCAUGAUAGAAUACUUGGCCAAUUUCACCGGCAACAAGUUUGUUCGUAUCAACAAUCACGAGCACACGGACCUUCAAGAGUAUCUUGGCACAUAUGUAUCUGGUCCAGAUGGGAAGCUACGAUUCCAGGAAGGCCUUCUCGUGCAGGCUAUGAGAGAGGGUCACUGGAUUGUACUCGAUGAGCUCAAUCUGGCGCCAACCGACGUGCUGGAAGCCCUCAACAGGCUGCUAGAUGACAAUCGCGAGCUCCUCAUCCCCGAGACCCAAGAAGUUGUCAGGCCUCACGAGAACUUCAUUCUUUUCGCGACGCAAAAUCCGCCAGGUCUCUACGGCGGUCGCAAAGUGCUCUCCAGAGCCUUCAGAAACCGGUUCCUCGAGCUGCACUUUGACGAUAUUCCCGAGGAUGAGCUGGAGUACAUUUUGCAGCAGCGCAGCCGCAACACGUCCCCCCCGGAUUGUCGACGUAUUGUCACUGUGUACAAGGAACUCUCGAGACUGCGCCAGACGAGCCGAUUGUUUGAGCAGAAGGACAGCUUUGCCACACUACGAGAUCUGUUCCGGUGGGCUUUGCGAGAGGCUGAGACCAGAGACGAGAUUGCCACCCACGGAUUUAUGCUUCUCGCCGAGAGAGUUCGAAACGAGGAAGAGAGGCUAGCCGUGAAGGAGGUCAUUGAGAGGGUCUUUAAGCUCAAGAUCGACCCUCAUCGCCUCUAUGCUGCAGACGUUGCCCCCGAACUCAGACACCCUACCAAACUGUCGAAUGCUCAGGGUGUUGUGUGGACUCAUGCUAUGCGAAGGCUGUAUGUGCUCGUCUCCAGAGCCCUGCGGAACAACGAACCCGUGCUACUGGUCGGCGAGACAGGUUGCGGCAAGACCACCGUCUGUCAACUUCUUGCCGAGGCCCUCCAAAAAGAGUUGCACAUCGUCAACGCCCACCAAAACACCGAGACUGGAGAUUUGAUUGGCUCGCAAAGGCCUAUCCGCAAUCGCGGCGCCAUUCUGGAGGCUUUGGAUGCCGACCUCCGAUCUAUCUUUGAGGCUUUAGGCCUGGAUGCCACAGGCUCGGUAGACGAAAAAGUUGCGGCUUUCAAGGCUCUCCAACCGUCAGCUCUCGCCGCUGCCCCUGCCGAACUUAUCGAACGCGUUGCCACGAAUGAGUCGAGGGCAAAAGCACUUUUUGAGUGGUCGGAUGGCGCACUGGUCGAGGCCAUGCGAGGUGGACACUACUUCCUUCUCGACGAGAUUUCCCUCGCCGACGAUUCUGUUUUGGAACGCCUGAACUCAGUGCUUGAGCCGCAGCGCACUCUUCUUCUAGCUGAGAAGGGUAUUGACAACUCGUUCGUGGUCGGGUCUGAAGGCUUCCAAUUUUUUGCUACCAUGAACCCGGGUGGCGACUUUGGCAAGAAGGAAUUGUCCCCUGCGCUGCGCAACCGUUUCACAGAGAUUUGGGUCCCUCCUUUAUCAGAGAGCGACGAUAUCUACGAGAUCGUGCGGACAAAACUUGCUGAUGGAUCUAAGCAUCUCGUAGAUGCUAUGGUUCAGUUCGCCUCUUGGUUCGGCGACACAUUUAGAUCAAUGGCUACCACCAGAUUUUCGGUACGGGAAAUUCUUGUCUGGGUGCAAUUCAUUAAUACGUUCGAGAGUCAGGAUCCGGUGGCGUCUGUUAUUCACGGAGCAUCGGCCAUUUUUAUUGACAGCAUCGGGGCCAAUCCUUCAGCUAUGCUAGCGACAGAUCUCAAGUCGAUCAAUCAACAGAGGAUGUCGUGUCUUGUCAAGCUCGGCCAGCUUCUCAAUCGCGACGUUGUCUCUGCAUACGAAUCGGAGCCAGUGCUGGUUAUGACGGAUAGCCUGCUUUCGAUUGGAAAUUUCAGUACGCCCCGUACCAAGACAGGUGCGACGGACUCGGGAUUCGCCUUCGAUGCACCGACCACCAGACUCAACGCCAUGCGAGUCCUCCGAGCUCUACAAAUGCGCAAGCCGAUUCUUCUGGAGGGAAGCCCUGGCGUAGGAAAGACAUCCCUGGUAGCAGCCUUGUCGCAAGCUUGCGGGCGGCCACUUACCCGCAUCAACUUGUCCGACCAAACCGAUCUGAUGGAUCUGUUCGGCACCGACGUCCCGGUCGAAGGCGAAGAGGUAGGAAAUUUUGCUUGGAGGGACGCACCAUUUCUGCAGGCUAUGCAGAAGGGUGAGUGGGUGCUCCUAGACGAGAUGAAUCUGGCAUCCCAAUCCGUUUUGGAAGGUCUGAACGCCUGUCUGGAUCAUCGUGGCGAGGUCUACAUCUCUGAACUCGACCAAGUCUUCAAACGUCACCCUGAUUUCCGGCUCUUUGCGGCACAAAACCCUCACCACCAAGGCGGCGGCCGCAAGGGUCUACCGGCUUCUUUUGUAAACCGUUUUAUCGUGGUCUACGCAGAUGUCCUCAAAGACGAGGACCUCAAAUUAAUCGCCUCUCACAACUUCCCCAAACUCUCAGCUGAAGUUGUACGCCAUUUGAUCGACUUUGUCUCUGAGAUAGACCGCCAACUUGUGGUGGAGAAGACCUUUGGAGUACAGGGAGGCCCCUGGGAGUUUAACGUGCGUGACGUCCUGCGUUGGUUGAACCUGCUGAAUUCAUCCGAUCCUCUACUUCAAACCGCACGAGUGGACGAUUUCCUGGACAUUCUUGUGCGUCAGCGAUUCCGCACUCAAAAGGAUCGUGAGGAAGUGAGCAAGCUCUUCGCCCAAGUCGUGGGUUGGGCACCCAGGUCCCACCACCUAUACCACGAUACCAAUUCAAGAUUCGGGCAGGUCGGUCUGGCACUUCUCCGAAGGAACCUGAACUCUCAACCCGAGCGGCUGCCCACAGUUGAUGUCGUACCCAGACUUUCCGAACUAGAGUCUGUCAUGAUCUGCGUGGAACAAAAUAUUCCUUGCAUUUUAAGCAGCACGUCAGGGUUUGGAAAAUCGACUCUUUUACGAUUCGUGGCUGCCAUGGCAGGAAAGCCUCUCACCGUCUUCCCCAUGAAUGCCGACAUUGAUACGAUGGACCUGGUGGGCGGGUUUGAACAGGCCGACCCUCUCAGAGAAAUCAACUCAACUCUUCGGGAUUUGAGUACCUUCCUCAAAGAAUCCGCGAUGCGUCUGGCCCCCGCAACGGUGCCGGCUGAAGUGUUGCGGCUGUUGCAUCUGCUUGACCGUUUUUCUGGCAAUGUCCGGGACAUUGCGGCCAUUCACGACGUUGUUGAGUCUCUUUCGACACAAGUUGCUGCCGAUUCUGAAGUUGGCAUUGCACUUUCUAAGUCGAAUGAACUUCUUCGAGGACCGCUGGCUCUUGAGAAUCCUCGUUUCGAAUGGCUUGAUGGAGUCAUUGUCAAAGCUCUCGAGAGCGGACAGUGGCUGGUUCUGGACAACGCCAAUAUGUGCAAUGCCUCUGUCUUGGACAGGCUAAAUUCACUUUUGGAACCGAAUGGUUUUCUUAGCAUCAACGAGCACUGUGACUCGGAUGGGAAACCUAGAAUCAUCCGACCACACCCGGAGUUCAGAAUCUUCCUGACGAUGGAUCCUCGCUAUGGCGAGCUGUCCCGGGCGAUGCGCAAUCGCGCGAUCGAGAUACACAUCAGCACACCACCACCAGUGAUGGACAUGUGCUUUGAUCGAAUGUCGAGCAUUGAGAGUAGGCUCCAAAGAUAUAAGGAUUCGUGGGAAUUGUGCCAGGAAUUUGCUGCAGAGAUUGCCGUUUCUCGAAUCGCCGUCGACAAUCUUUCGCUGCAAGACGUGUCGCUCCUAUCCCGAUUUAUCAAUCAGCCGGAAAGGCUCGCACAGGACGGGAAGUCGCUUCAGGGGAUGCGAGAAAUGCUUCAAUUCUUACAGUCAAAGUUCGGAUCCGACAUCCUGCGCGCCAUCAUCAAGGCGUAUUCGACUCUUCCUCAGGUGGCGUCAUCAGCGCUUUCGUCCGUGCAGCCAAUUCACAUGCUCGGCAAUCCGAGGGUCUCGCAGCUCCUUCCUAUUAAUGGCGAGCCCCAAUGGAUGGCGAUACGAUACGAAUUCACUCGUGUCCUUCACGGGUUUCAUAGUCUCGUUGAGGAACAACGUGGGCAAGCUCGUUCGGCUAAGCUGGCGACAUUGAGCCGACUACAACGCUCUCUGAUCAGUGAUCGAGUUGCAGUGGUGUCCAAGGACUCGACUGUCAAACUGGCGAUGUUCCUGUCUGCCGUCAUUGGUACGACUCUUGAAUACUUGGCGUCUGAGUUCGCGUCUUUAGAGACAUUUCAAGAACGCGCCCACUUUGUGCGUCUCAUCUGUCUCUACAUUGGACGAACCUUGCGACUUUCGAUGGCCACCGAGUUCGAUGAAGCUCAGUUCCAGGCUCACUUAGCUCUUGGUGCCGGCUUCCUCCAGAGUCAAGCAGAAAAAUUCACGGCCAGAGAGGACAAUGAUCUCGUUGGCUUCGUCCGUAAUCGGCUUCAUGCCGAUUUCAACAGCGGAUUCAAGCUGUCCACUGGUCUGAGUAUGGAAGUUCUGUGGAAUGUUCUGCGACCGACUCCAAUCCCUGACAAAUCAACUCUGGAUCGGAUCUUGGAUCUAGAUCAACUUGGCGUCCGAUUUGAUGCCAUUCGUUGGAAGGCUAGCGCAUCCAUUGAUGAGCUGACGAAGGCGCAGCAGACUUUACGUCAGGCAUACGAAAUAGUUCGUGGUGGUAUAGUUGCGGCUGAUGGGCUGGUCAACGACCUCACAUCGGCCAUUCAAUCUCUUGAGGCAAAGAUCGGGGACGAUGAAACCGACUUCAAGCCUUUUUUCGCGACGGAGUUCGAGGCGCUCAGACAGUUGUCCAUGUUGAGACAUGACACUUUAAUCGCGAGCUAUAAGGACCUUGACAUCCUGUCAAGCGUUCCCACCAAGGCUCUGAUGCUGUUCACGAGCUCAAAGGGGGCGGAGGCCAUCUUACAGUCGGUCGACUGCCUCGUCCAUCAGGAUGUGUAUUCCUGGGACGGCAAACUUGUUCCAUCUUUAUGGAGCAAGAUGCAGAAUAUGAGCGGUGUCAGCAUUCGCUCUCUUGCGUUGCUCGAAGCCGAACUGCCAGCCAUGGGCCGAUCAUUGUCUGGCCUGAGUGCUCAAGUCAUGGCAGACCCUCUGGAGAGCCUCAAUGAAACACUCUGGCAUCUUAUAGUCCAGGUAUUUGCUGCACACGGUUCGAAUUUGCGGGUCCUUGCGCACGCCAUCAGGGCGCAGGCGACGAAAUGCCAAAGUUUUGCGGCUCAGAUCCUUCGAGAGGGCCUGCCGACAAACAACGACAUCUUUGACCAUCUCAUCGUGGAGAUUGAAGCUCUUCAUCUUCGGGAUGUUGCUCGCUCGCAUCUCAUCCCGGCUAUCAUUGGCAUCAUGGUCGCGGAAAACGACAAUGCACACAGAGCACAGUUCUGUGCGCUUGCCUGGAUUCAAUUCAGUGUCGGACUCGUGAAGCUCUAUGUUCCAGAUCGCAUCUUCGAUCCUCAGCUCCGUCCGCGAGCUGAACUGGAUUUCUUCCAGGGACUUCAAACUCAAUUGCAAGACAGCAUCCUGGCUUUGAAGGCAUUUGAAAAGAGCUUUACAGGCCAGGGCACAAGCGUGCGUAUUGACCUGGUUGAGCAAGAACUUGCCGAGCUCGGCCCCCUGCCAGAGCAGAUACAGCCGGUCUACAGACCCAAGCUUUCGGAGCUCACCAUACUUCAUGCCGAAUUCUCCAAUAUCUUGAAGACCGUUGUUGACCACAGUCUGUCCUCUGCUGGUCAACACCUUGACGCGCCCCCAGUUGGAGGAAGCGACGGGCUGCACCUCGUCAGAGAGAAUGUCAAGCGCCUUAUUGAUCGUUUGUCUUCGCGAUUCGACGCAUACCAAGACAUGACUAGGCCCGCUGUCAACGCUCUGCGAUGCCUUUCUGUUGGCUUAUCGCUCUGUGACACUGCGAGAGCACACAAGCUGGACGCCUCCACCGAAGAACUUGUCAAAGCGACACCUUUCUUCGGUGGCCGUGAUUGGGAUUUCUCUGCUGGCACGCUGUCGUCGAAAUCCUUUGAAUAUCUCAGUUUGAUGGUGGCAAAGACGGCUGUUGAAGGCAGAGACAAUCUGCCUCCGCAUCACCGCGAGCUCAUCUUUGGCUGUUUUCACGGCUUUUAUGACGAUUGGAGCAAGAAGCUUGAAGCGGAUCGCAAAUCAGCAGCGGCAAACACCAGCCUUUACCGAUUUCGAGGCUCAGAGGAAGACGAGGAGGAGAUUGACCAGCAAGAAUUCAACGAAUUGUUCCCGACCUACGAUGACGACGAUGUAGAUGCAACACGCAUCAUCAAGCCAGAUCAGGUUCGAGACAUGUCUAUCAAAGUGGCUGAGGUGCAUAGCAAGAUCUUCCUCGACAGCCCUGAACCGCCAGCGGCGAUCCGAGAAGCUUGUAUGGCUGUCGGCUGCCGAGUUGCCCGCGAAACGUCGAGUCAGCCACACAUCGAGCGCACAGUGAACAGGAAGCUACUUGUCCCAACAAUGCUACUCCUCAACGACAAGCUGGACGAGCUGCAGUCCCCUACCGUGGAUAAUUCGUACAACUUUUACACUGAUGCCAACCUGGCUGAGGCCCGGAAGCUUGUCGUACUAGCAUACCAGAUCAAGUCACGUUUCCAGGAGCUGCAGCUGGUGGACGAAAUCGGACACAUGCAGCCGCUGGCAGAUGUUGUACAGUCCUGCGACAAGCUUCUCGACCAGGCCCACGAUGAGCCGCUCGCCAAGAUGCUCCCCAAAGUGGAGCAGCUGCAUGCUCACGUCUACGAGUGGCAGUUUGGAGGCUGGGCGAGCAAAGUGCACGCCGUUCUGUCCCUGCACGACGCCCUCACCGAUACCGUUAUCCGCUGGCGCCGCCUGGAGCUGUCAACUUGGGCGAACCUCUUUGAGAUGGAGCAGAAAAAGUGCCAGGAUGAUGCCUUCUCUUGGUGGUUCGUCGCAUACCAAGUCGUGGUUGCCGUCCCCCUGUCAAUGGUGGAUUCUACCAGCGACCUGCGAGAGUACGCGCCCGCACUCAUUCAGAACCUGGAGUUGUACUUUUCCAGUUCCAUUGUUGGCCAGUUCAAGACUCGGGUCUCCCUUUUGAGGCAACUACUAGGUCAUCUUCGCCUGCUGGUCAAAGACUACCCGAAACUGAACAUCAUCUGCCACGCCGUCGAGAAUUUUGUCGAUUUUUACGCUCGAUAUGAACCCGCGGCUGAAUCUGCCAUACAGAGAGGACGCCAGCCAAUCGAAAAGAAAAUGAAAGAUGUGCUUCUCAUGGCAAGCUGGAAGGACACAAACAUCAACGCCCUCCGUGAGAGUGCCCGCAAAUCUCACCAGAAGCUCUUCAGAGUGGUCCGAAAGUUUAGAGGUGUUCUUGGGCAGGAGAUGAAGAGCAUUGUUCAGCAGGGCUUGCCAGAUGAGGGUCUCGCAUCUGACGACCAGAAGCCGCCGGCUCCCGCGGCGGCAGCAGCACUUCAGCAAAAGAUACCUAUGGCACUAGAAGAAGCCCUUCCUGGGUGGCUUGAGAAGCAUCGCCGCUUGGCCAAUGUGUCGAUGACGGUGUCGGUCUUGAGGAAGAUUACUCACGGCCCAGAGAUGACGACAAGCGCUGCUCGCACUGUUGAUGACUUUGUCUCAGAACUGGAUGAAUCGAUGGCAGAGCUGCGCAAGGAGACCCCGGCCUUCUUGAAUAAAGAGAACACAGAGCAAGUCAAGCAUCUCAAGACAAGGAAACGGAAGCUGUUCGCGGACACGUUGCGAGAUCUGCGAAACAUGGGUCUGAAGCAUAAUCUCGGCCAAGAUAGACUCAUGGAGCAAGCGUCACUGGCUGUUGUUCUUGGCUCAAUUCCGCCAGUCCACCAUCGAAGUUCUGCCACUCUGAGAAAUGCCGAAUACUUCUUUCACAAAACUCUCGACUUUGCCCCGCGCGCCCGAGCCGCAGCACAAGAGCACUCCGAGGAGUUGACCGGCGCCGAGAUUGGGCGGAGUAUUGGAUUUAUGGAAGGCAUGAUUCAUCUUGGUCUUUCCCAGCGAAAAAGUCUCUCAACCGCGACCGAAGCACUGUGUUCGCUCCGAUCCAUUGCCGAUGACUUCAUUGCCUUGGGCGACAGUGAGAAAACUCAACAACUCGCACGUCAGGACCAUGCCAGCGAUUGGUCUCUGCUUCUGCCGUGGCUGGCUCAAAUGAUCAGACUCGCUGUCAGGGUUACGGAGGCUCACGGAAAGCUGGGACAAACCGAUAAUCAACACGUGGUACAAGAGUUAGAGUUAUGGGCAGCUAGGGUUGAGACCUAUCUCGUCCGUAUGAAGGAUUUGGGUACUCUACCUCCUGGCAUUCUUUCCGAAACGCACAAGGAUUUGGAGGUGUCGGUCCUCAAAGACCUGUGCGCGUUACAGAUGACACUGGACGGUCUCAUCGCUGGGCGACCCGCCCUCGCGUUCAUUCUCCAGCAACUUCGCGUAUGGACACAGGCCGGGCCUCCGCAACCUCACGCCCCAACGGUAUCCACCGAGAUCCUAGCGUUCGCGAACGAAGCGUCAACUUUGACAGACACCAUUCUGGUGGCUGUUGAGAGCGCAAGGAAGAAGGCUACCUCGGCUCCUAAGGAGGACGACGAGGCGGGAUGGCUGCAGAGACACAACGACAUCUGUUUCGCGACUGUCAGCCAACUGCACAUGAAGCGCAUCGAGAAGGGCCUACGCAACUGCAUCCAUCACCUCCGGGAACUCGACCUGAAUGAGCCACGGAUAGGCUCUGCUGCAGCGAGUGUGAUUGGGCUGGCAACACCUAUCAUCGGCCAAUUUGUGACUUUCUGUCAACAGUCUGUGGAGCGUGGCAUCGACCUGCACAGAGCUUGCGUCCAUAUGGCCUUCUUCUUGACCAAAUCUUUCACACAGAUAGCCUCGCAAGGCUUCUGCACGCCCCAGGAGAAGUCUGACGAGACAUCCGGUGACGCAGGUCAGGUCGAGUCUGGGACUGGCCUUGGCGAUGGCGAGGGUGCUGAGGACAUCAGUAAGGAUAUUCAACCUGAUGAAGAUCUGUUAGAGCUGGCGCAAGAAGCCAACAAAGAGGAGAAUGGUGAGAUUGAGGAUGAAAAGGAUGCGGUAGAUAUGGCGGACGAGGAUCUCGAAGGCGAGAUGGGAAGCAUCGCAGGAGAAACCGAUGACGAAGAGGGAUCUCAAAAGGGCGAAGAAGACGAGAAAAAGGACAUUGACGAAGAGGCUGGCGAUGUUGACGACCUGGACCCGACUGCCGUGGACGAAAAGAUGUGGGACGGGGAUGACGACAAAGCUGAGAAGGACCAGCAAGGUGACAAGGGCACAGGUCAGAAGCAGGACGAUGAGCAGAUGGCCGCUGAUGAGAACGCAAACAAUAAUGAGGCUGAGCAGGAGCCAGAGUCGAAGCCGACGGAGGAGCCCCAAGGCGAUGACGAAGCCGCCGAGGAGAACCCAGUGGAGGAAGAGGACGUCACUGCGCCAGAGGAACUUAACAGACAAGACCAAAAUGUCGACGAGAAUGACGCCCUGGAGCUUCCGGAGGAGAUGGAUCUGGACUUUGAUGACCAACAAGAGGUUUCAGACGAUGACCUAGCCGACUUGUCGGACAUUGAGGAAGAUGCCAAGGAAGCUGAAGCGCAACCCCAGGAGGACCCGGCGGAUGAAGAAGAGGGGGACAAUGCCGCUGCCCAACAAGUCCAAGACGAAGCCGCAGAUGAUGAGGGUCAAGAGAGCGAGCCUGAAGAUGAAAAGAAGGCCACGGGAGAGGAGCGAGUCGACGAAGAGCCGGAGCCAGAGCCGGAGGAUGCGGAUAAGGAGACAGAGCAUCAGGACCAGGCACCUCUCUCCAAUGACAACGCUAACGCUGAUACCGACAAUGCCGCCCCGAGCGACGUCAAGAGCUCCGGCCUAGACCAGAAUGCGGAUGCUAUGGACCUGGACGAGCAGUUUCAGGCUGAAGCGGCGCAGCAGGAGCAUGGUGAAAUAGGAGACGGCGCCACCGAUCAAGAUACUAACGCGGGGAACAAGGGUGCUACGUCGCGAAAUAACGACCGGAUUGAGCAAACGGAACAAGACGCAAGCGCUGAAGAAUCUGCGCGCAGUGAUCCGUUUCGCAAGCUGGGAGAUGCUCUCGAGAAGUGGCACCGCCAGCAAGCGGAUAUCAAGGAUGCCAGUUCGGAUGACGACAGGCAGCAAGCUGAGCGGAAAGCGGAGGCAGAGCAAGGGCGUCAAGAAUUCCAGCACCUGCAAAACGACGAUGCCGCAGCGGACACGCAAGCUAUGGGAACGGCCGAGGACGAAGAGGCUCAACCUAUCGACGAAUCCAUGGCAGUAGAGGAAGACAAGCAAGAUCCCUCGAGCCGAGUAAUGAACGAAGAUGUCGAAGAGCCAGCCGAGGGGCCCGACGGUAUGGACCUGGGUGAUUCUGUCGAAGCUGAGGAGGCCAAAGCAAGCGAGGUGGACAACGAUCGAUCUGGGGUCAAGACACGACAAGGCAACUACAAUCGAGAGCCUACCCCCGAACCUCGGGUUUUAGGCGUCGCUGGAGAUGAGAGCGAAGAAAGUCACAUCGAGGAGACAUCGACUCAACUCUCAUCAACGCACAUCACGGAUGAGCGCCCGCUGCGGGACUACGCAGAAUGCAUGCGACAGUGGAGCGAGUUCCAGACCAAGUCGCACGCGUUGUCGCUCUCGCUGACAUCGCAGCUGCGGCUAAUCCUCACGCCGUCGCAAUCGACGAAGCUUUCGGGUUCGUUCCGGACCGGCAAGCGGCUCAACAUCAAGCGCAUUAUCCCAUACAUUGCAUCCAGCUACAAGCGAGACAAGAUAUGGAUGCGGCGAGCAGUCCCAACGAAGCGGACAUAUCAGAUCUUGGUGUGCGUCGAUGACAGCAAAAGCAUGGGAGAGUCGUCGUCGGGGAGCCUCGCGAUGGAGUCGCUGGUCAUGGUGUCGAGGUCAUUGACGAUGCUGGAGGCGGGCCAUGUCGGCGUCGUUGGCUUCGGAGGCGACGUCUUCACGGCGCACGAACUGGCGGAGCCUUUUGGCGCCGAUGCUGGCGCAAAGGUGUUGCAAAAGUUUUCAUUUGGGCAGGACCGGACGGACAUUGCACAGCUGAUCCGGCGAACGAUUGACAUGUUCCGUAUGGCAAGGCAGCAGUCGGGCGGCAGCUCGGACCUUUGGCAGCUGGCGCUGAUACUGUCAGACGGGCUGACGCCAUCGUCUGCACACGACUCGAUCCGACGGCUGCUGCGCGAGGCGAUGGAGGAGCGCAUCAUGAUCGUUUUCAUUAUCAUGGACGACACAGGCAAGAAGAAGGGAGACAGUGUGCUGGAGCUCAAGGAGGCCAAGUUUGUCAAGGGCGACGACGGAGAGAGCAAGGUGGUGAUUGAGCGGUACCUCGACACGUUUCCGUUCCAGUACUACCUGAUUGUACACCAGCUGGAGGAGCUGCCGAGUGCACUGGCAGGUCUGUUGAGAACGUGGUUUGCAGAGGUCACGGCCUAGAUUGGAGCAUCAUGACCGGCGUGGCGUUGCGGUUGGAUUUUGGGAUGCAUUGCGCGGUGCCAUGGUACGCAUAAAUAGAUGAUAUGACUCUUUCACACUCUCUUCUUUUUUUCUCUCUUUUUUUCUAUUUUGGAAACGGUUAAGACGUUGUCUAUUCAAGGAAGUCAAUAUUCUGAAGCGCAGUCAAGCCGCGUCUCUGAUGCAAGUUGAUGAUACGAGCAUAUGGCCUGUUCUUACAGGGGUCCCUUGAGCUUCGGACCCAUUCCGACUAAUGCCGACCCACGGGACGAGAUGCUAUUUGCAUUCGCCUAGUAACAGAAAAGCUCGUGC